AUGCCCCGACUAGCCCAAGAUGCCCCUCCUGCUAUUAGGGCCGUCUUCAGUGAGGCCGCCCUAGAGCUCCGAGGGACCGAACUGGAGUGGUGGGCGGAGAUUCUACAGUGGACUGAGAGGGAGCUUUGUCGAGGGUCCUCUUCGAGAAGAAAUAGAUGCCUCUACAGCUACCAUCAGGAUUUCUAUCAUUAUGAUGUGGACCCCGCUGAUUUCCAUUGUGUCACUAAAAUGGGGUCGGGUUGCUCACAAGUGGCCCCAUCCGAGCGGCCGCGAUCCAGACUGGCUCAGCUUGGCCCUCCUGAAGUGUUGCAUGGUGUGCUCCGAGCUCCUGCUGGUUCUGUGACCAUCGGCAAUCCAAGAAAUGGCUACAGUCUGAGCUCAGCAUUGAUAUCACAGAUCAACUCGAAGGCUGAGAUACAACUGAUCGAUGCUGAUGGUGCUGCUGCUUUCCUCGGUGUUGCGGAUCGUCAACUCCAUAUCGACCUCACCAGCAACCAGUCAUUUGCUCAGACCUUCGUGGCCAGCCCUAGACUAGGUGACCUCCGUCUACGAGUCACGGCCUCUACCACAGACUUCGUAUCAGUCAUUGCCAGGCAGGAGCCUGGUGGUCGACUCGGUCCUUAUGUGAUACCAACGAUACGCCCAAGCGAGCCCAUCGAGUGGCUUGCUAGUGGUCAUCAUGGGCAUCUCCAGUCGCUACUCCAGCAUCACAGUCGCGACGACGUAGCAUGGUUAUGGCGGUUCCUUGGUAUCCUAUCUAUGUGGCUUGGGACUGCUCUACUUCUAUCUCCUCUGGGGGAGGCCGAGCCCUCUUGUAUGGCCCUCCUCUGUGUUGCCUGCUUUGCUGGAGCUGUCAUCUCAGCCCUUCUAGCGACCAUCGGGGCUACUCUGUUCGCCUCGCUGCCGAUCGAGCUCCUCCUGGCCGUUAUCGGCGUGGCUGCUGCUUUCUUCGCAUGGCGGUCCUAUAAGGCCCCUUGGUUCGGUCGGGCCCAUUAUUAUGAGUACUACUACGGUGAUGACGCAUCGAGCGUCGAGAUGCCCCUUGUGGGAGGAAGGGAAUAUGAUGGUGACAGUUGGUUUGAACGACGACUGGACAAUAGAUGCAUCGACUCUGAUGAUGACGAGAUUGACAAAAUUGGAGCCCCAAAGGAUGUGUAUUUGGGUCGGCAGGCGAGGCCGUCUCGACAGCUCCGUCAUGACCUCCGUGAGUGA